GCGCAGACGCGACGCGCCAGCCUCGCGCCACCGCGCUGUAAGUGCGCAGGCGCGCCGGCCGCUCUCUUUUCUGCUCUUCCUUCUGCCGGUCUCCAGACGUCAGCGGCUGUUGGGUCCUAUGUCGCGCCGGGCCCUCCGGAGGCUGAGGGGGGAACAGCGCGGCCAGGAGCCCCUUGGGCCCGGCGCCCUGCAGUUUGUCCUCCAUGAUGACGAUGAUGCAGAAGAAGAAUGCCCACAGCAGGGGCCAGGUGGCCGGCGUGCCCGGGGCACAGGAAAGGAGGGCGUCCGCGUCAACAACCGGUUCGAGCUGAUCAACAUCGAGGACCUGGACGAGGGCCCGGUGGUCAACGGGGGCAGGACUGACUGUCCACUCACGGACACUGUGGCCUCGGGGAGCAAGAGGAGGCCCCAGAGCGGACGCACGGCGACCAAGCGGGAUGGCAACGUGGCUGACAGGGCAGUGCCCCCCGAGCAGUCUAGUGCGAGCGGCAGACUCCGCAAGAAGAAAAGGAAACAGAAAAACAAGAAGAACGCUGCCGGAGAAACGUCGGAGGACGGGCUGGAGGACAUCGGCCGCAUCCUGGAGAGGAUUGAGGACGGCAGCGGCUCCCGCCGCCCGGGCCCGCCCCCGCUGAGCUCCAGGAAGCACGUGCUGUAUGUGGAGCACAGACACUUGAAUCCGGACACAGAACUGAAGAGGUACUUCGGCGCCCGGGCUGUCCUGGGGGAGCAGAGGCCGCGGCAGAGGCAGCGCGUGUACCCCAAGUCUUCGUGGCUGACCACCCCCAAGAGCACGUGGCCGCGCUACACCAAACCAGGUCUGUCCAUGCGGCUGCUGGAGUCCAAGAAGGGCCGCUCCUGCUUUGCCUUCGAGCACAACGAGGAGUACCAGCAAACGCAGCACAAGUUCCUGGCCGCGGUGGAGUCCAUGGAGCCCAACAACAUUGUGGUUCUGCUGCAGACGAGCCCCUAUCACGUGGAUUCGCUCCUGCAGCUCAGCGAUGCCUGCCGCUUUCAGGAGGACCAGGAGAUGGCCCGGGACCUUGUAGAGCGUGCGCUGCACAGCAUGGAGUGUGCCUUCCACCCCCUGUUCAGCCUCACCAGCGGGACCUGCCGGCUGGACUACCGCAGACCUGAGAACAGGAGCUUCUACCUGGCCCUCUACAAGCAGAUGACCUUCCUGGAGAAGCGGGGCUGCCCACGCACGGCGCUCGAGUACUGCAAGCUCAUCCUCAGCCUGGAGCCAGACGAGGACCCGCUCUGCAUGUUGCUGCUGGUCGACCAUCUGGCCUUGCGGGCGCGGAGCUACGAGUACCUGAUCCACCUCUUUCAGGAGUGGGAGGCCCAUCGGAACCUGUCUCAGCUCCCAAAUUUUGCCUUCUCCGUGCCGCUGGCGUACUUCCUGCUGAGUCAGCAGGCGGAGCUCCCCGAGCAGGAGCUGAGCUCGGCGAGGGAACAGGCCUCGGUCCUGGUGCAGCAGGCCCUCCUCAUGUUCCCCGGAGUUCUCAUGCCUCUGCUCGAGUACUGCAGCGUGCGGCCCGACGCCGCCGUGGCCAGCCACCGCUUCUUUGGGCCCGACGCGGAGAUAAGUCAGCCCCCCGCCCUGAGCCAGCUGGUGAGCCUGUACCUCGGGAGGUCGCACUUUCUCUGGAAGGAGCCGGCCACCAUGAGCUGGCUGGAGGAGAACGUCCGGAAGGUGCUGCAGGCGGUGGACGCCGGGGACCCCGCGGUGGAGGCCUGCGAGAGCAGGCGCAAGGUGCUGUACCAGCGCGCGCCCAGAAACAUCCACCGCCACGUGGUUCUCUCCGAGAUCAAGGAAGCUGUGGCUGCCCUGCCUCCGGAUGUGACCACGCAGUCCGUGCUGGGCUUCGACCCCCUGCCUCCCCUGGACACCAUCUACUCCUACGUCAGGCCGGAGAGGCUCAGCCCCGUCAGCCACGGAAACACCAUCGCCCUCUUCUUUCGCUCGCUGUUGCCAAACUACACCAUGGAGGUGCGUGGAGCUGGUCCCGGCCGCCCCGCCGCCUGGGCUCAGGGGGAGAGGCCGGACGACGGCGGGGCCGGGGGUCUGAACCCCGACCAGGGUCUCAACAGGCUGAUGCUGGCCGUGCGGGACAUGAUGGCCAAUUUCCACUUCCGCGACCUGGAGGUGCCGCCGGAGGACAACCCCGAGGGCGACGGGGAGUGGGACUGAGGGCCGCGCCCCGUGCCGGCCGCGCAAUGCUGCUCUUGCCUCCGUCUGGUCGGGGUUGGCCGGGUCGCGGCCGUGGAAGCGCUGACCUGCCUCUGCUGUUUCUCCUAUAAACGUGAACGGGUUACGCUCUG